GCCCGGGGGCCGGGGGCAUGAGCCGCCCCGCGGCCCCGCCGCGCCCCCGCCGCCCGCCGCCGCCCGCCAGGGGCUAGAGGCGGCCGCCGGGAGGGCGCGCGGCGCCGGAGACAUGUCCAGGAGGAAACAGAGCAACCCCCGGCAGAUCAAGCGCUCCCUCGGAGACGUGGAGGCUACAGAAGACGCUCAGGCCAUGGCCACGGGCCGCCCCGAGCAGGAGGCCACAGCGGAGGCGCCCGAGGCGCUGAGCCCUUCCAGUGCAGACGCUAGUCCCCCGCCCCCCCCAUCGCCACCACCCGCCACACCCCCAGGAGGCCCCGAAGACAUGGAGGGGCAGGAGCCAGAGACCGGGCUGGAGGAGGAGCCGGGCAGCGCCUGGAGCGGGCCAGGUGAGCUGGAGCCGGCGCUGCAGGACGGGCGGAGGUGCGUGCGGGCUCGGCGCAGCCUCCCUGAGGGCCUGUCCUGGGGCCCGUUCCGCGGGAGCAUCCGGAGCAGAGCCUCGUCCCCUGGGCAGGUGGAGCCGGGCCCCGCCCUGACCCUGCUGCUGGAGGAGGAGCCCUGCUGGCUGAGGAUGCUGCCGCAGGUCCCGGCCGAGGCCGAAGCCAACGCGGAGAUCUACAGGAAGGAUGAAGCCCUCUGGUGCAGACUCACCAAGCCGGUGCCCGCCGGCGGAUUGCUGGGGGUGCUCCUCAGUGCGGCUGAGCCCCGUGGCACCCCCAGCCACCCCGUGAAGAAGGAGCCGGCCGAGCCCGAGUGCCUGGCCCCCUGCCACAGCGACAUCCAGCUCCUGCCCCAGCAGGCCGGCAUGGCGUCCAUCCUGGCCACAGCGGUCAUCAACAAAGACAUCUUCCCCUGCAAAGACUGUGGCAUCUGGUACCGGAGCGAGAGGAACCUGCAGGCCCACCUCCUCUACUACUGCGCCAGCCGCCAGACCACCGGCUCCCCCGCCGCAGCCACCGACGAGAAGCCCAAGGAGACGCACCCCAACGAGCGCAUCUGCCCCUUCCCCCAGUGCCGCAAGAGCUGUCCCAGCGCCAGCUCCCUGGAGAUCCACAUGCGCAGCCACAGCGGAGAACGCCCCUUCGUGUGUCUCAUCUGCCUGUCAGCCUUCACCACCAAGGCCAACUGUGAGCGGCACCUCAAGGUGCACACAGACACGCUGAGCGGUGUCUGCCACAGCUGUGGCUUCAUCUCCACCACAAGGGACAUCCUCUACAGCCACCUGGUGACCAACCACAUGGUCUGCCAGCCGGGCUCCAAAGCCGAGAUCUACUCACCAGGGGCCACACACCCCACCGCCAAGCUCCCCGCAGGUCUGGCCCAGGUAGGUCCUGCUCCAGCCCUGAAGUGUGGCCCCUGGGGUCUCCCUGCAGACAGUCUGGCCAGCUUUCAGCAGCACACGGCCCUCCAUGGCCCCCUGGCUUCCACCGACCUGGGCCUGGCGCCCACCCCAUCGCCAGGACUGGACAGGAAGGCUCUGGCUGAGGCCACCAAUGGAGAGGCCAGGGCGGCCCCGCAGAACGGGGGCAGCAGCGAGCCUCCCACAGCCCCCAGGGCCAUCAAGACAGAGGCUGUGACAGACGAGCCCGAGGCAGAGCCAGGGCCCCCGGCCGCACCGAGGACCCCCUCGCCACCCGGCCCUGCCCCUGCCGGGGUGAAGGCGGAGCUGUCCAGCCCCACACCGGGCUCCAGUCCGGGCCCUGGAGAGCUGGGGCUGGCGGCCGGCGCGCUCUUCCUGCCGCAGUUCCCCGCGGCACCCCCAGCCUCAGAAAUCCUGGCCAAGAUGUCGGAGCUGGUGCACAGCCGGCUGCAGGCGGGCGCCGGGGCACAGGCCGGCCUCUUCGCAGGGGCCCCCAAGGGCGCCACGUGCUUCGAGUGCGACAUCACCUUCAACAACGUCAACAACUUCUACGUGCACAAGCGCCUCUACUGCUCCGGCCGCCGCCCGCCUGACGACACGCCCCCAGCGCGCAGGGCCAAGGCCCCCCCAGCACCGGUCCGUGCGCCCGCCGGCCCGCCGCCCCCCGAGGCCGACUCAGGGCACGCAUCGCCGAGCUCCGGGGCGCGCGAGGACGAGGCAGGGGGCGCGGCCACACCCGAGACGGAGACCGAGGCCGAGGGGGGCAGCCGGGGCCGGGAGGGCAGCCCAGGCAGCCCCAGCCCGGGCGGGGGGGCGGACGAGGACGACGACCCCCGCCGGACGCUGUGCGAAGCCUGCAACAUCCGCUUCAGCCGCCACGAGACCUACACGGUGCACAAGCGCUACUACUGUGCUUCGCGCCACGACCCGCCGCCGCGCCGGCCCGCGCCCGCCGGGACCCCCGGGACCCCCGCGCCCGCGGCUCCGGCCUUGCCCGCGGCGCCGCCCGUGCGCACACGCAGGCGCCGCAAGCUGUACGAGCUGCACGCGGCCGGCCCCGCCCCGGCCCCGCCCCCCGCCUCCGGCCCCGCCCCCGCGCCCCUCGGCCCCGCCCCGGAGCCGCUCUCACCCCGGCCCGGGAGCGCGAGCGGGCGCGGGCUCGACGCCACCGACGGCCCCAUCGACUUGAGCAAGAAGCCGCGGCGCCAGGCGCCUGUGCCCGCGCCCGGCCUGCCCGCCCUGGCCGACUACCACGAGUGCACGGCCUGCCGCGUGAGCUUCCACAGCCUCGAGGCCUACCUGGCGCACAAGAAGUUCUCGUGCCCCGCCGCCCCCCGCCUCCUGCGCGCCGCGCCCGAAGACGCGCCCGCCCCCGCCGUCGUGUGCCCCUACUGCCCGCCCAACGGCCUGGUCCGCGGCGACCUCAUCGAGCACUUCCGCCUGGCGCACGGCCUGCUGCUGGGCCAGCCCCCCGCCGGCGCCCGGACACCCUCGCCCCCCGCCCCCCGCGACGGCCUCAACGGCCGGGAGCUGCGGGAGCCGGCGCCCGGCGCCCCCGACGGCAGCCCCCGGCCCGGCCCGCCGCCCGCCCCGUCCCCGGAGACGGUGCCGCCGCAGCCCCCGCCCCCGCCGCCGCCCCCUUCCCACUCGGACAAGGGCGUCCAGACCCCAAGCAAGGGGACGCCAGCGCCCGCGCCCCCCGGCAGCCACAGGUACUGCCGCCUGUGCAACAUCAGGUUCAGCAGCCUGUCCACCUUCAUCGCCCACAAGAAGUAUUACUGCUCCUCGCACGCGGCCGAGCACGUGAAGUGAGCGGCCGCCACACUACAGACGGAGGCCGCGCGCGGGGGCUGCCGGACCGCGCCGCCGGGACUAUUGGCACUUAAUAAAGAGGUUCAGUUUGAUGAGCACA